GAGGGCUGGGCAGGGCAGAGGGGUGUUGGGUUGCUCUUGGGUGCUGACUCGGGUUCUGUGUUGGCAUGUGGGCCUGUCCCUGCGGCCCAGGGGGGUCGGGAUGCACACUGCCCACCCCUUCCCCACACCACAGUCCACCCCCUGCCACGCACCCCUGGGACCCACGGCAGCUGGGUGCAGCCCGGGCCUCCUUGGACCACGCUUGGCACGGGCUGUCCAGUGCUGGAGGUGUGAGCGUUGGACCUGCGUCGGUUAGCCAGCAGGCCCCGUGCUCUGGGACCCUGGCGUCAAGUAUGUGGCUUUGUAACUGGAGCUGCUGACCUUUGCUGGCAGGCAGGGGAGGGGCGGCAGGGGGCCUGCCUGUGGCUGCCAUCCCUGGAUUCAUACUGUCGUCGGCCAAGCCUGGGGGCUGAGCCUGGGAAGGGCUGAGGACAGGCUCCUUGCCGUCUGACCUUGCGGAGGUCGAGGACACACAUAGGCCUCAGUGUCCUGGCGAGGUGUUAAAUGUCUCUGCUCUGUGUCUCUCUCCCUCCACCUACAGGCCCAGCCUGCUCCUCUGAGCCACGUGUCCUCCUGUCCCCACCCCUGCCCACAGGCACUUCCCUCCUUCCCCUUGCACCCUCUUCUGUCUGUGAUCCCUGGUGCUCCCAAACCCUAGCCUCCAUGUGGCCCUGCAGGAAACCCCAGAACACGGUCCUGACGCACCUGACGUUCUGGGGCAGGUGUGCGUUGGGAAGUUACCUGGUGAUGCCGUUCAUGGGCACUGACCUGGGCAAACUCAUGAAGCACGAGAAGCUGAGCGAGGACCGAAUCCAGUUCCUUGUCUACCAGAUGCUGAAGGGGCUAAAGUACAUCCAUGCUGCUGGCAUCAUCCACAGGGACCUGAAGCCUGGCAAUCUGGCAGUGAAUGAGGACUGUGAGCUGAAGAUCCUGGACUUCGGCUUGGCCAGGCAGGCCGACAGCGAGAUGACUGGGUACGUGGUGACCCGGUGGUACCGUGCACCUGAGGUCAUCUUGAAUUGGAUGCACUACACCCAGACGGUGGACAUCUGGUCAGCGGGCUGCAUCAUGGCAGAGAUGAUCACAGGGAAGACGCUGUUCAAGGGCAGUGACCACCUGGACCAGCUGAAGGAGAUCAUGAAGGUGACAGGGACUCCUCCCGAUGAAUUUGUGCAGAGGCUGCAGAGUGCCGAGGCGAAGAACUACAUGAAGGGCCUCCCCGAGCUGGAGAAGAAGGAUUUUGCCUCCAUCCUGACUAACGCAAGUCCUCUGGCUGUGAACCUCCUGGAGAAAAUGCUGGUACUGGAUGCAGAACGGCGGGUGACUGCGGCCGAGGCGCUCACACACCCCUACUUCGAGUCACUGCAGGACACGGAGGAUGAACCCAAGGCCCAGAAGUACGACGAGUCCUUUGACGAUGUGGAUCGCACGCUGGACGAGUGGAAGCGUGUCACAUAUAAGGAAGUGCUCAGCUUCAAGCCUCCCCGGCAGCUGGGGACCAAGGUGUCCAAGGAGACAGCGCUGUGAAGACCCCUGGGCCCUGAGAGCAGUGGGGAGGGGGCCUUGAGGACCCUGGCUGGGGCUUCCACCUGGAAGGGGAUCCUGAUUAUCACUGUGACUCUGGCUGGGGUUUGCAUCCCAGGAGACCUAUGGUUCCAUGGACCCCCUCCCCCAGCCGUUACCCUGCUCUCAAGGCUACCACCUCAGUCUAACCUUGGGGGGGGGGGGCAUCUGGACCUUCUGAACAGGACGCCAAACUGACCUGGGACUGGCCUCUGACUCCCUGGGCAGUGGUCCCCUUCCCCAGGUGCAACAAGAAGCCUCAGAGCCCGUGGGGGAUGGGGGUGGUGAGGCUUGGGUCAAGGCUUGGCCUGACCCUGUCUGCUCCAGCCCCUGCUGGAACCCAGUUCGCACAGCUGAAAGAGACACACAGGGAGGGCACUGAGUGCCUACUCAGGGACGUCUCUCCUGGGGGGCGUUGGUGUGGACUCUCCUGAACCCCCAGCCCGGAAUGUAAAUUGGCCCUGUGCUAUGCCCACAUGACGGGAAGGAAAUAAACCCUUUUGUAGAGAUCCCA